GUAGCAUAGCUGUUCUGUGUUGCCUCUCAGUGUUCAACGUUCUGCAGUGGCAACACAACCAGAGCUAUGGAAUCUGUUUCCUUCCAGCAUUAUAUCUGCAGUCUGGAUCUCAAUUUCCUUCCUAGAGUGGUAAAGAUCUGCUCUGGAGUCUACUUCCAAGGGUCAGUUUAUGAAAUCUCUGGCAAUGAGUGCUGCUUACCCACUGGAGACCUGAUGAAAAUUGUGAAUGUUGAGCUCCAGAACAUUAGCUGCAAGGAUAUGAAAAGCGGGCAUGUUUUUCAGCUUCCACUGAAUUUUAAAGGUCUGUUUCAGCCCAUCUCAGAACCGCCUAGGAGAAAGCAGAAGAACCACUUUGGUCGAGCACUCUCCUUUUCCAAAACCAAAUCAUCUGACUGCCAUCAGCAAAACCUCUGCACUCUCCAGGAAGUUUUACAGUCAGCAUCCCUGAGUCGGAAGAGGCUGAAGUGCGCUGAGAUUGGUCCAAAUGAGCUUGAGCUCUAUCCAGUGUAUAACGUGGAAGCAAUAAUGCAUUUUCGCAAUGAAGUUGUGAAAAUCAACUCAACACUGGAUAUUGAAGUUGUUGAUGUCACCGAGGAGUCACAGCACAUCCACUUCAUCAAGCCUGUCAUGUUGAGUGAGGUCCUGGUGAUGGAGAAAGUAAUGCCAGUAGAAGCUGAGGUCGUUGGAGCUCCAGAGAGCUCUCCUGUCUUCCGAAGUGAUUGGAUUUCUCGUCUGUAUAAAGGCACCAGGAUUCACAUUCACAGCAAAGUGAUGACCUGGAAGAUCCUGGCCUCCUCCCACAAAGGGAAGGCACGCAACAGCCACUUCCUCAUCUCCAGUAACUACAGAGGUUGUUUUCGCCAAUGUCCACGCACUUUCUCUUCAACUUCAGAGUUAGUCCAUGCCUUAACUAUGACCAAGAAACUACAAGUGGUGGUCACUAAGGACUAUGAGAGCAGUGAUGGAGAAUGCCCCUUGUUUAGCAUAGGUGACCGGCUAGAGGUGCAAGGCCUCACUAGGGCCAGUGAUCCAUCAGCAACAGACACCCUGGUGUGCUACAGAAACAAUGGAGAUGAUGAUGGAGAACAAAUCCAGGUGCCCUUGUUUUUAGAAGCUGGCUUUGUAGAAGAUAUCCGUGAUAGAAGGAAAUAUACUAUUACUGAGGUGAUUGAGCUUUUCAAUAUGCCUUGUGAGGUAAAAGUGGUCACCAGUGACAGUGCUCUUGAUCCACUCAGUGGCUUCUCUGUCCUUACCCUGGAGGCUCAGAUCAAGGAACCUUUUCUCGCAGUUAGCCUGGCCGAGGAACCCCAUCACACAUUUGAAAUUCCACCCCGGUGGAUGGACAUAUCUGUUUUUUUCACUGGACAUCCUCCAAAGGCCAUACCGUCCACCAGCCCUCCCUGUGUAGAAGAAUUGUCUGAAGUCUUUUACUACCAGUUGUUAAAGCAGCUGCCAAGCCACACACCUGCACCUCCCAGACCCCCUAAACGAAAGGACUCCAGACUUGACGGGUGUUCCCUGAACGCUGCAGAAAGGAAGAACACAGCUGAUCACUCUGAGUAUAGUACAUCUCAGAAACCUGAAAAAUAUCUACUUACUGUGCCUAAGCAGAAGAACACAAGUGAUAUUACUCUUGCUGAUCCAAACCAGUACAUCACAGAACAUGGACAUUCAAGACCGUUGAAGCCCACCAAAUCUUGCAAGCAAACUACAGGCAUGACUUUUAAUGAUGAUUCUGACCAUGACUAUGAAGAACUUAAUGAAGAAGUGAAAGGAAUUGCUCACAAAAUGGGAAGUGCUUCUAUUAAACACUGAGAUCACCACGCUUUACACGGUUCUUCAGGAGACCAAAGAGGAAGACAUUGUCAUAUUCUUUGCUUCUGUAGGCUGAUAAAAAGGAGGAUUUUUUAAAGUACCAUUGCUUCUUGCAACCAGUAAAAAAGUCUGAAAUCAAGUUUGAGAUAAACAAACAGUAAAUAGAGCAAAAUACUGAACAUUUCUUCAUUAGUGUGCUGCCAGGAUUCUGACAAAUGUAUUCCUUGUCCAAGAGCUACAAUUAAUAAAAACAGUAUGAGGAUGGAACUACGUUGUUUUGCAGUCCUAGCUGAGCUCUUGAUCAAGUCUGCUGGGACUCCAGUUAUACAAAGAUUAUUAUGGUUUCAAUAUAAGCCUUCUGUCUAUUUCAAAACUGCAAGAUUUUAUGAUGACUUUCUUUUUGCAUAGUUAUAUUUCCUGGCACUUAGAUUUCCAGUCUGGGCUAAACAGAGUACAAGAGCAACAUAUUCUAUACCAAAUUAGCAAUAUUGCUUUGGAUGUGUUACUUGUAUUUCAAUCUAAAUAUAUGUUAUGACAGACCACAGGAUCUACAUUGCCUCUACAUCUUGUAUGCUUAUAAAAAUGCUGCUAAAGAACAAAUCCAAAUCUUACGGUCAUGUGUUAGCUAUGCUAAAGGAAUCAAUAAAAAUGACUAUUUUAGAGA